AUGCAGAAUAAAAACUUUAAGAUAAAAAACAAGAACUCUAAAAAGUUUAAAAAGAAGAUACCUGUUGACGGCAAACCUAAAAUAAAACGAGCUUUUCUUAUCCCAAUACUUGAGAACCUUUAUUUGAAGAAAUGGACAAGAUUAGAUGGUGUUGGAGCAAUAAUUAUAUCACCAACAAGAGAAUUGGCAUAUCAAAUUUUUGAGACAUUAAAGAAAGUUGGAGCUCACCAUGACUUUUCCAGUGGACUCAUCAUUGGUGGCAAGAAUCUUAAAUUUGAAAAGACACGCAUGGAUCAGUGUAACAUUGUUAUUUGUACGCCUGGAAGACUUCUUCAACAUAUGGACGAAAAUCCACUUUUUAAUUGCAUUUCAAUGCAAAUUCUUGUACUGGAUGAAGCUGAUCGUUGUCUUGACAUGGGAUUUGCUGACACAAUGAACGCAAUAAUUGACAAUCUUCCACCUGAUCGUCAAACUUUGUUAUUCUCUGCAACACAAACAAAAUCUGUUAAGGACUUAGCAAGAUUAAGUUUAAAAUCGCCGGAAUAUAUUGCACCACAUGAUAAAGCUGACACAAGAACGCCAGCGACACUUCAACAGAACUACGUUGUCGUUAAUCAAGAGGAUAAAAUGACAAUGCUUUGGUCGUUCAUCAAAAGUCAUUUGAAACAAAAAUCUAUCGUUUUUAUGUCGUCGUGUAAACAAGUCAAAUAUAUUUAUGAGAUAUUCAGUAAAUUACGACCAGGAGUCUCUCUUCUUGCACUUUAUGGAACACUCCAUCAAGAUCGUAGAAUGGCAAUUUACGAUGAAUUUUGUAAGCGAUCUAAAGUUGUCUUAUUCGCAACUGAUAUCGCAUCAAGAGGUUUAGAUUUUCCCAUUGUUAGUUGGGUGAUUCAAUUAGAUUGUCCAGAAGAUGUCAAUGCUUACAUUCAUCGUGCUGGAAGAACAGCAAGACAUAAAGCACAAGGCGAAAGCUUAUUGGUGUUGACACCAAAUGAAGAAACUUCAAUGGUAGAAGAACUUAAGUCAAACAAAAUUCCUAUUAAUCAAAUUUCAAUUGAUCCAAAACGUUUAUUUUCACCACAAGUUAAAAUGGAAGCUUUUGUGGCACAAUCAAAUGAAUUAAAAGAAUCAGCGCAACGUGCUUUCGUUGCUUACAUUAAAUCAGUUUAUUUAAUGAAGAACAAGAAAAUUUUUAACGUUGAAUCAAUAAAUUUCGAUGAAUAUGCAAGAUCUCUGGGGCUUGUAGUUACACCUCGUGUUAGAUUCCUUCAGCGACUCAAAAAAAGAAAAGAAAAGAAUGAAAUUGAAGAGAAAUCUGAUGACGACAUUGACUCUGCUGGCGAUGAAUCAAAUCAAAAGGAGAAAUUGAAAUCAAUAGAUUUGAAUGCUUUAAUGGCUGAGGAAAGUGACGAAGAUGAUGACUUUGUAACUAUUAAAAGGAAAGAUCAUGAGAUCGUUGAAUUUGAUAGCGAGACCAUAGUCGAAGACAUUAAAGAAGCGAGAAAAUCUAAAAUUUUAACAAAAGCUGCUCUCGCUAAGAAAAUAAUUAAGAAGAAAAUUGUUCCAAAUAAGAAAAUUCAAUACGAUGAAGAAGGCAAAGAAAUUAUAAAUACAGCUAAACAGUUGCAAUCAGAACUUGCACGAGAGUAUGAAGAAAAUGAUGAUGACGAUGGUGGAAUUAAUAUUGAGAAAGCUAAGGAACUUCUUGAGGAAGAAGAUAAAUUUGACAAACAACGAUAUAAAGAAAAGGUGAAAUUGAAGCAUCGUGAAAAGAAAAAUAAAUUGAAAAAGUUGAGAACGAAGGAGAGUGGAAAAGAUGACGAUGAUGACGAAGAAGAAUUCGACAGUGAAAGUGCUGAAGAACCUGAUGUAUCGUGGUUGCCAGAUUAUGAUGAAAUAAACAGAAAACAAGCUGAAAUGUCUGAUGAAGAAGGAGAUCAAGAUAGUGAAAGUAGUGACGAUCAAAUUCAUAGACCACCAACUAAACUCUACGAAAAGAAGCGAUCUGCUGAAGAAGAAUCGAGUGAAGAAGAAAUUCACUUAAAGAAAAAAUCAAGAAAAGAUAUCGCUUCAAAAUUGACUUUGAACGAUGCUGAAGCGUUAGCAAUGUCUUUAAUUUCUAAAUGAAUUAAACAAUUUUUGAUUUCUUUUUAUUUCUGGAAUAAAAUUUCAAUUCUGUGAAGAAAAUUAAAUAUUUUUGUUUGAAUUUCUAUUCCACUUUAUAAAAAGCUGAAAAAUAAAUAAAAUGUUUUGAAACUGUUUUG